AUGGCAGACGUUCGCGCGUUACUCAAGGCGAAACGGGAGGAAAUUCGAGUCACUCAUCCGCUAGCAUCUUAUACCAAUGGUCAACUUCGCUGUAUUGCCUGUGGACCCGUAAAGCAAGCCUCAGCCUGGGACGGGCAUGUGGGGAGCAAAAUUCACCGAACCAACGUCGCUCGUUUGCGAGAAGAAGAACGUCGACAGGAGGCGGAACAGUUGAAACGCGAAAAGGAAAAAGAAGAGCAAUUGGCCAGCAACAACGUCUCAAAUGGCAAGCGGAAAGCUGAGCAACAGGAAAUGGAAGACUCAGACACAGAAUUAAAACGGCGCAAAACUGACACUCGCUUUCCUGCUGAUUUCUUCUCUGAUCCUUCACGCGCCGCAAUAAUCAUGCAGGAUGAUGAUGAAGAAGGAAAGGAGACGGCUCAUGGCUCUCUUGAUGCGGAAUGGGAGCGUUUUCAGCGAGAUGUGGUCAAUGUGUCUGAUGGGGGAGAUGCUCGUCGAGAAACAUACGAAAACGCGACAGUUAUGGCUGAGCCGGAGCUCGUAACAGACAACAUGGAAGGGCUACCCAACCAGCAAGACCAACCAGACACGACGUCCAAGCCCCAAGAUGCAGAACAAUUGCGACGAGAGCAGGAGAUGGAUGAACGUGAAUUAAUAAUGGACAGGUUAUUGGAGGAGGAACGAGCGCAGGAAGAGGCGGAUAUGAAAGUAACGCUGUUAAGAAACCGUAUGGAGGCACUAAUGCGCAAGAGGAAUGCAGCAAAGGCUGCGAAAACCAAGUCUUGA